UUUCGUGAAGGUUCGGCUAUUCCCGCUGGGCAGGGCAGAGCGGAGCGGAGGGGAGGGAGCGGGUCUCCUACUCCGCUCCUUCGCGGUUCGCCGUGACUAAUCGGGUUCGGCACUGGGCUCCGUUUCGCUCCGUAAAACGCUGCUCACCUGAGAAUACAGCGUGAGCGUCUGAUCUCCAGGUAAAACCGUCCGGGCUUCUUACCGCUGCUCUUUCUGCUCCUCCAAGGGCCGGAUACCGACUUUGUGCAACUUGCCCAACAUUUCCCUUCUUAUUCGGGAGACUUGGUGCAGUGUGGGGACCUGCACGGACUUGCGCUGAUUAAAGCCUUGCAGACUCUCCAAGUGCAGCUUUACUUGUGUUCUCCCGAGUUUUAUUGCAUAAAAACUUUAUCGAUUUCAUAGAAAAGGGGUAAUUGAAUAAUCCAGCUAAACUCGCGUUAUUGUGGCAUUUGUACUGUUUACCGUUUAAAUCAUCUGGGCUGUUGCACAAGUGUGCGCAAUAUUGUAAAUUGGUUUAGGAGUUUCGUAUAAGAGGGGAUCGACUUUUUUGUUUUAAAACAUCUGAGUAAAAUUAAGCAAAGUGAACAGUUUAAACUGCUUAGAUUAUAAACAAAUAAACAUUUUGGCAUAACAUGGCAAGCGGUGGAUUUAGAUCUAACUCAGCCACGGAUUUUCUGGAGGAAUGGAAGGCUAAGCGGGAGAAGCUGAGGGCGAAGAUGCUGGGGGACAUCGCCGCCUCCACCGGCGCGUCCCUCGGGGCCCCCGGCAAAAACGAGACGCGUAUCGCGGCCGCGGGCUCCGAUGCGAACGGCGGCGGGAACCUGGAGCGCGGCGGCUCCGCGUCCGUCCUCUAUGCCCCGUCACAUCCCGUCCUCCGAUCAUCAUCAGCAUCUGCGCUCAGGAGGCCGGACGACGAGCCCCAUCCGAUACCGACCACCAGGACUGUCGAUCUCCAGGGCGGGGGUCUGAAAAAGACACCCCAGGCCGAGAAGCUGCCCGGGGCCCCGCUUGCAGACAGCGGCGGCGCCGUUUGCCAGGAGGGCGACAAGGACAGCAUGUCUCCAGGAGGCGGCUCCUCCGCUAAGAGCAAGGAAAAGAAGAGCUCAGGGCCGAGCGCCCGGAAGGGCAAAGGGCAGAUAGAGAAGCGAAAGCUGCGAGAGAAGCGCAGGUCCACUGGGGUGGUCAGCAUCCCAUCCAACGAGAGCCUGGAUGAGUUGGAUGAUGAUGAUGAAGGCCAGAAGGAGAGGAAGACGGAGGAAGCCCUCACGCAGCUCAACACCGCCCAGAACGAGACCAUGAGCUUGGAGUUUGGUGCGGCCCACUCGCUGCAGGAGACCUCGAGACCUGUGGCUGGUCGCUACAAAAGCGCGGGGGGUCUGGGCCACGAAGAGGAUGCGGCGGGGAACGGACGGCACCGCCAGAGCCGGGCCAGCACGGCUGCGCUGGAGAGGAGGAUCGAAGAGCUGGAGAAGGAGCUUGCUCUGGAGAGGCAGGAGAACGCAAGGAUGCUGAAGGGCCUCCAGGACAAGGACGAGCUCGUCGGCAAGUUGAAGGAGGAGAUCAACCUACUCUACAGGGACCUUGAUGAUGUCGAAGACGAGAAUGAGCAGCUCAAGCAGGAGAACAAGACCCUCUUGAAGGUGGUCGGCCAGCUGACCAGGUAGAACCUCCAUGGACCGAGAAGGCCUGAGGGAAAUGAGACUUGAAGCUUUGUCAAGCAGCGGCCAGUCACUCCCGGCCUGCUGCCCCCCACCCCGCUGAACACCGGCAUCCUCUCCUUUCUGAAUGCUGAUCUUUGUUUUUGUACGCAUAGCUGAGGAGACCCCAGGUACAUGAGGAAACCCCCAGAGCCUUUAAAGCACCAGGAGCGAAAUUCAUGAAGAUAAUUUAUUUCCUGUGGUCAUUGUCUAUUUUCUAAUAGUUCUCUGCAAUUUACACACAAAUGAACACCAGUGAUGGAGGAAUUAUGGGAUCACAAGUGUGAGAUUGGCAAGUCUGCAGUAACUAUUGGGAGACCAGGUAUUUAAUGUAAAUUUGUACAUGGACUGCAUUUUGAUAGACACUGAUUAAAUAAGGCAUGUAUUUUGCCUCCCUACAUUUGCCCCAGAUUACUCUAGUAGACAAAAAGAACGGUGAGUUCUUCUGGUCGGAAACAUUUGAACGACAGUUUGCUAACCAUUUUAUGGUUCGUCAGACUGUAAUCCUUCUGUGUUAAUGCUGGCUAAACUGCCAGCCAUACUGUUUUCUGAUUGGCUGAUAUGAAAUGCAUUGCAUUAACUUUAGUGUUUAUGAGAAGACGUUAUCCAUAAAGGUGCAAAAGCAGCCCGAAUGACAUUAUUAAGUGGUGCUGGCCUAUGUAUGCCUGGUUCACCCCUGGUGAUGUUACUGGCGUGGGGUUGAAGAUUAAAACUUACAGUAAUAUGACAUACAAUUUUAUGAAAAUUGUUGGCGAUAUCUGUGCUUUUCCUGUUGAACACUUACCUAGGUAUGGAUAAUAAAAAAAAUAUUUCUAUUCAAACUUUGUGUAAUUUGAUUGGAAUUUAUUAUUAUUUUAUAUCUUCGCGGUGGGCUAUCCAACUUCUGAUAUUUGUUGAUUUCCUGGGAGCAGUUCGCCGACAGACAUACCGAUCUGAAUUUAUUUUUUUUUUACAUUUCUGUUUUAGCGGUGGGCUAGGUGCAGUUAUUUCGUUUUGGUAACAAAUGUUUGUAUGUCCUUGUACGUGUUUUAUCUCUGUGUUGAAAUACCUUUUGUACACAGCUCUCCACAAGAGACCCAACUAAUAAAUGUUUAUACAUUUGCAAAAUGAA